GGCCCACCAUGGCACAGCGGCUCCAGGAUGAACUGGCUGCUUUUUUCUUUGAGUAUGACACUCCCCGAAUGGUGCUCGUGCGCAACAAGAAGGUGGGCGUCGUCUUCCGCCUGAUCCAGCUCGUGGUUCUGGUCUACGUUGUUGGGUGGGUGUUUGUCUACGAGAAGGGCUAUCAGACCUCAAGUGGCCUCAUCAGCAGCGUGUCUGUGAAACUCAAGGGUCUGGCUGUGACACAGCUCCCUGGCCUGGGCCCCCAGGUCUGGGAUGUAGCUGACUACGUCUUCCCCGCCCAGGGGGACAGCUCCUUCGUGAUCAUGACCAAUUUCAUUGCGACCCCCCACCAGGCUCAAGGCUACUGUGCAGAGCACCCAGAAGGGGGUACAUGCACAGAUGACAGUGGCUGCACUCCAGGGAAGGCAGAAAGGAAGGCCCAAGGCAUACGCACAGGCAAGUGUGUGGCCUUCAAUGACACUGUGCAGACAUGUGAGAUCUUUGGCUGGUGUCCUGUGGAGGUGGAUGACAACAUCCCACGCCCUGCCCUUCUCCAAGAGGCCGAGAACUUCACACUCUUCAUCAAGAACAGUAUCAGCUUUCCACGCUUCAAGGUCAACAGGCGCAACCUGGUGGAAGAGGUGGAUGCGGCCUACAUGAAGACAUGCCUCUAUCACAAGAUCUCGCACCCACUGUGCCCCGUGUUCAAGCUCGGCUAUGUGGUACAGGAGUCAGGACAGAAUUUUAGCACCCUGGCUGAGAAGGGCGGGGUGGUCGGCAUCACCAUUGACUGGAACUGUGACCUGGACUGGCAUGUGCACCACUGCAAACCCAUCUACGAGUUCCAUGGACUGUAUGAGGACAAAAACCUGUCUCCAGGCUUCAAUUUUAGGUUUGCCAGGCACUUUGUGGAGAACGGGACUAACCACCGCCACCUCUUCAAGGUGUUUGGGAUUCGCUUUGACAUUCUUGUGGAUGGCAAGGCUGGAAAGUUUGACAUCAUCCCUACAAUGACAACCAUUGGCUCUGGGAUUGGAAUCUUUGGGGUGGCCACGGUUCUCUGUGACCUGUUGCUGCUCCACAUCCUGCCCAAAAGGCACUACUACAAGCAGAAGAAGUUCAAGUAUGCAGAGCACAUGGGGUCAGGGGCGGGCGAGCGUGACCCCGCAGCCACCAGCUCCACCCUGAGCCUGCAGGAGAAUAUGAAGACAUCCUGACCCUCACCCCCUGACUCCUGACUGGACACAGCAUGAGGCUUCAGGCAGGGGCCCUGGAGGGGUCCCAACCAGGACAGAAUGGUCUCUGCAGGAGCUCUCCAACCUCUUAGCCAGGCAGACACUAGGGUCUUAUCAGCUCAGUGGGGACACUGGGAGGGACCUGUUCAAGUCUGGGCUCUGGCCCCAACUCCACAAGCCCCAAGGGAGCUUUGCUCCAGCCUCAGCCACUCCUAGUCUAGAGAGCCUGGGGUUGGGCCGGGCUCCUCUCACACUCCUCUAUCAGAGCUGUGUGCUUCUCGCUCUGGGCCCUCAAGCACUGCACUGCCUCGUGUCUCUAGAUUCAUGCUUUCCCAUAUGGCAGACACUAGUCACAAUGAGAUGACCAUUUAAAUUUAUAUUAAUUUAAACUGAAUAAAAUAAAA